AUGACUCGUCAUCAAAAGAAACCUUGCCCCCACAAAAGGCUCUAUGAAGCGGCGCAACAGCGCCGCAGACAAAGAGAGCAAGAGGCCGUAGAAGCUCUCAUGCUUCUGAGAGCAGGCUUUGGCGAGUUCGGCCUCUGGGGAAACGUCCCGGGUAACGUGCCAGGGACGCUGCCACUUCAGUGGCAGUCCAACUGGCAGCCCUUUCCCGGCUCGCGCCCGGUCUCGUUCGGCCCUGUUGCUGUGGGUGGCAGCAACCCGCAAACCACCAAUCCCACCACCAUCACCACCAUCACCCGCAGCGCCAACACCAACACCAGGGGCAACAUCCCCAGCGGCACGUCCAGUGGCUACGGCCACUCACACAACAACGGCCCUACCACUUCUGCGGCGAGGUUGAACACACUGGCAACGGUGGCUGCUGACAGCCGGCCACUGCCCCUGCCCGCGCCCAUGGGCCGAGUGAACAACAGGCCCUUGCAGGAUAGGGCCAACGGCUCCACAUCCGCCAGGGAGAGCACCAGAGCCCGUUCGCGAGCUCCUUCACCAGAGGGUCAGCGCCGCUCACCAGCUCCUUUGCCCGAGGACCCAGGCUAUAGGGGUCCGUCGAGGUAG